GACGCGACCUGUUAUGGCCACCACUACUUCCGGGUUCCAGCAUUCUGGUCCAAACCCAGCAGUAGCAGCGGCAGCAGCAGCAGAGGCAGCAUCACAGGCGCGGCGAGGCUGGCAGCGAGCGGCAGCGACCGGGGCUCCUGCGAGGCGGACUGAGACCCUGCUCUCCCCACUCACACACAGAGGCACUCACCCAGAGAGAGGCAGCGGGGACAGGAGGCUGCACAGUCGGGAGAGCUGGCUGCGGGCACAGGGAGCCUGAGCUUUCCCCGCAUUUGGUCACUGCUGUACGGGGCUCCGGCCGGUGCACAUCGCCCACUGGAUCAUCAUUCAUUCAGCACCUUGACAGGCUCACCUGUGAUUGACAGCUGAAGUGGCAGAGAGCCAUGAGACUUUCCCCAGCCCGCUUCCAGGGGCACUUCUAAACUUCAUCUACAGAAGGGAAAAACAACAAUAUAUCUAUCUAUAUAUAUAUCUCUCUUUACAGCCUUUCUCCUGGUCAGGGGAAGUGUCUGAUGCUGAAUUAUCUGGCUGUUUCCAUGAGCUCGGACAAGUUGAAGAUUUGGUUGAAAUAUUCAAAACACUGGAAACUUUAAAGAAGGGGAUUUAAUUUCAUCACUUUAUAUAUUUUUUUCGUUUAUAUUUUAAUAUUUUUUAUUUUUUUAUCUUUUUUUUUUUUUUUUUUUUGGUGGAGUUGAGUCCUUGAUCCCUCAUCCACACUGGCCUUAAAUAGGAUAUAUUUGAAAGUGAAGUAGGAAGGAGUUAGGAAGGCCGAUGGCUCAAAGGUACGACGACUUGCCCCAUUACGGGGGGAUGGAUGGAGUAGGGAUCCCCAGUGCCAUGUAUGGAGACCCUCAUGCUGCUAGGUCCAUGCAGCCCGUCCACCAUCUGAAUCAUGGGCCACCGCUGCACUCCCACCAAUACCCGCAUACGGCCCACACCAACGCUAUGCCACCCAGCAUGGGCUCUUCAGUCAAUGACGCUCUAAAGAGAGACAAAGAUUCCAUUUAUGGACACCCCCUCUUCCCUCUGUUAGCACUGAUUUUUGAGAAAUGUGAACUAGCUACUUGUACCCCCCGGGAACCAGGGGUGGCUGGCGGUGAUGUGUGCUCUUCUGAGUCUUUCAAUGAGGACAUUGCAGUAUUCGCAAAACAGAUCCGUGCAGAAAAACCCUUGUUCUCUUCUAACCCGGAGUUGGAUAAUUUGAUGAUCCAAGCCAUACAAGUAUUAAGGUUUCAUCUGUUGGAAUUAGAAAAGGUACACGAACUGUGUGACAAUUUCUGCCAUCGGUAUAUUAGUUGUUUGAAAGGAAAAAUGCCUAUAGAUCUGGUGAUAGAAGACAGGGAUGGUGGCUCCAAGUCAGACAGUGAGGACAUGACCAGAUCAGCAAACCUAACAGAUCAGCCUUCAUGGAGCAGAGACCACGAUGAUACAGCAUCAACUCGUUCCGGGGGUACACCAGGACCUUCAAGUGGUGGGCAUACGUCGCAUAGUGGUGACAACAGCAGUGAACAGGGUGACGGUUUGGACAACAGUGUAGCCUCACCAAGCACGGGGGAUGACGAUGACCCAGACAAAGACAAAAAACGUCAUAAAAAGCGCGGUAUCUUUCCCAAAGUGGCCACCAACAUCAUGAGGGCAUGGCUCUUCCAACAUCUAACGCACCCCUACCCUUCAGAAGAACAGAAAAAACAGUUGGCACAAGACACAGGUCUCACCAUACUUCAAGUGAACAAUUGGUUUAUAAAUGCCCGAAGAAGAAUAGUCCAACCUAUGAUAGACCAAUCUAAUCGAGCAGUAAGUCAAGGAACACCUUACAAUCCCGAUGGACAGCCAAUGGGAGGUUUUGUAAUGGACGGCCAGCAACAUAUGGGAAUCCGAGCACCAGGACUGCAAAGUAUGCCAGGGAAUUACAUAUCUCCGAGUGGUCCGAUGGGUAUAAGUAUGGGACAGCCAACUUAUCCUCCAUCACAGAUGCCCUUACAUCACGCUCAGCUGCGUCAUGGGCCGUCUAUGCAUACCUACAUUCCUGGACACCAUCACCACCCAGCAAUGAUGAUGCACGGAGGACCACCUCACCCUGGGAUGCCGAUGUCAGCAUCUAGCCCCUCAGUACUUAACACAGGAGAUCCAACAAUGAGUGGGCAUGUUAUGGACAUCCAUGCUCAGUAAUUUAAGGGAAUAUGUGUUGUCUGCAAUGGAAUAAAAUUUCAUGUACUGUGUUUCUGCCACAACAGCAAAGUUCCAAUCUUGGUGCCCAUGUAGGACCAAGACAUUUUUUUCGACACAGGCACCCCCCCCAAAAAAAAAAAAAAAAAAGCAAAAAAUGUAAAAGCAGAAACAGAUGCUGAAAUCAAGUUUGGGGACAUGAUAAAUACGUAUAUAAGACAUUAAGAGAACAAAGAGUGAAAUAUUGUAAAUGAUAUUAUACUGUUAACCAUAUUAUGUUGUUUCUUAUAGAUUUUUUUAAAAAAAUGUGAAAUUUUUCCACACUAUGUGUGUUGUUUCCAUAGCUCUUCACUUCCUCCUGAAGCCUCCUUACUUAAAGAAAUUAAAGCCUUACAGUUACCCUGCAGAUGACAGAAAGUCCUCGUUUGCAGGUCUUCAAUAAGUAUGUCAGGCAGAAGAUUUUUUUUCUUCGAUCCAAGGAUUUCAGCCAUGCGCACUUACUCUACAGCUUUGUCUCUCAGUUUUGUUCUCUGGCUCCCUGUCUCUCUUUCUCUUCCCUCUCUGUCUCUCUCUUUCUCUCUCUAGCCUGGGGCUUGAAUUUGCAUGUCUAAUUCAUUUACUCACCAUAUUUGAAUUGGCCUGAACAGAUGUAAAUCGGGAAGGAUGGGAAAAACUGCAGUCAUCAACAAUGAUUAAUCAGCUGUUGCAGGCGGUGUCUUAAGGAGACUGGUAUGAGGAGGCAUGGAAACCAAAAGGCAAUGUGUACGGAGCAUAAUUGUCACAAGGAGCGUCAGUGUCCCCAUUCAGCAGCAACCAAUAUGUGCAUCAUUUUCUUUUCUCAUGCAGCUCAAAACAAGAACUGUAGAAGAUUUAUUUUUAAUACAUUGACUUUAUUUCUCAGCACGGCAACAGCCGUGCGUACAUUUUUCCAUAGUCCCACCAUGGAACAUUUAUGUAUACAUUGUAAAUAAAUUUUGUGCUAAAAGGACUGGAAAAGAUAA